AUGAUUGGGAUGAUUGCAACUGCUAGAAGGAAACCAACAGGUGCUUUACCCAAGAAAAAGAAUUUAAUACGGACACACAGAUCAAGAUCUCCAAGUAAAAAAAGAAAAUACCUUGGAUACAGAUUAAUUGGAUCUGGUACUUUUGGUUCUGUUUAUAAAGCGCGAACUAUUGCCGGUAAAGUUGUUGCUAUUAAAAGUGUUAAACAAGAUCCGCAAUAUAAAAACAGAGAAUUAGAAAUAUUAAAAAUUCUUCAUUCAAGAUAUUGCAUAAAAUUAAAAGAUCAUUACUUUACACGGAAGAAUAACGGAAAAGAUGUAUACUUAAAUAUAGUUAUGGACUAUUUUCCAUAUACUGUACACUCAUAUACAAUGAAAUUACGAGAUCAACAGAAACGAAUUGGAAAUACACUGCUAAAAAUCCUUGCGUAUCAAAUUUUCGCUGGUUUAAGAUACCUCCAUGCUAAAGGAAUCGUUCACCGCGAUAUAAAACCAGAGAAUAUUAUGUUCAGUCCUGUUACAGGGAAACUCAAAAUCACUGAUUUUGGAUCAGCAAAAGUUAUUAAACCAGGCGAUACUAGUGUUUCUUACAUUGCUUCUCGAUUUUAUCGAGCUCCAGAAUUAAUUUUAGGAUGCGAACAAUAUACAGGCGCAAUCGACGUUUGGGCAGCAGGGUGCGUCAUAGCAGAGAUGCUCAGAAUGGGUGAAGUCCUUUUUGAAGGAAUGACAGGAACUGGUCAAAUUAUUCCAAUAAUACAGCUCUUAGGAAAGCCUACACAAUCAGACUUGAGCUCAUUCCAACACACAGCACCAGUUCCGACAUCAUUGACCAAACCGAUUAUCAAAUUAGAAGAUCAAUUACCGAAAACAACCAAUUCAAAGCUGAUUGCUCUUCUAAAACAGAUAUUUGUUUAUAAUCCAACAAAGAGAAUAACAGCUGCUCAAUGUCUUCAACAUCCAUACUUUGAAGACUUAUUUAAAGAAGGCAAGAUGAUACCCAAUACAGAUAGACCUGUAGCAUCAAUAAUUAAUCGCCAAUUACCUUAA